AACGCGCGGCCGCGGCGCUCGUGCACGCGGAAGUGCGGGAGCAGUGCGCGCUUUUGUUGGGUUUCAGCGGGAAGCAGCAAUGAGCGAAUCCAGCCGACGGGGCAGUGAGCAUAGAAACUACACCGGCUGCAAACGGCCUCGCAACGGCGGCAAUAAAGUGACAGUGGCCCUCGGUGCGCAAUGGGGAGAUGAGGGCAAGGGGAAGGUGGUGGACCUGUUGGCCACUGAUGCUGAUAUUGUGUGCAGGUGCCAGGGUGGAAACAAUGCUGGCCAUACGGUCGUUGCAGAUGGAAAGGAAUAUGAUUUUCACCUUUUUCCAAGUGGCAUUAUUAACCCAAAAGCUAUUUCCUUUAUUGGGAAUGGUGUUGUAAUACAUUUACCUGGUUUGUUUGAAGAAGCUGACAAGAAUGAAAAAAAAGGAUUAAAAGAAUGGGAGAAGAGGCUGAUCAUUUCAGACAGAGCACACUUGGUGUUUGAUUUUCAUCAAGCUGUUGAUGGUCUUCAAGAAAUUCAGCGACAAGAGCAGGAGGGAAAAAAUAUUGGCACCACAAAGAAAGGGAUAGGACCAACAUACUCCUCCAAAGCAGCACGAACUGGUCUGCGAAUCUGUGACCUUUUGGCUGACUUCAGCGAUUUCAGCUCCAGGUUUAAACUUCUGGCUCAACAAUAUCAGUCCAUGUUUCCUAACCUGAAAAUAGACAUUGAAGGACAACUUAAAAAAUUAAAGGAAUAUGCUGAGCGUAUAAGGCCAAUGGUGCGAGAUGGUGUUUAUUUUAUGCAUGAGGCUCUUCGUGGUCCAGCAAAAAAAAUUCUUGUGGAAGGUGCCAAUGCAGCAUUACUCGACAUCGAUUUUGGAACUUAUCCAUUUGUGACAUCCUCGAACUGCACUGCUGGAGGUGUAUGCACAGGCCUGGGCAUUCCUCCAUCGAACAUUGGAGCAGUUUAUGGUGUUGCCAAAGCCUAUACCACUAGAGUGGGUAUUGGGGCAUUCCCAACAGAACUCAAAAAUGAAAUCGGUGAGCUACUACAAUCUCGAGGCAAUGAAGUGGGUGUAACUACAGGCAGGAAGAGACGCUGUGGCUGGUUAGAUCUAGUCAUACUGAAAUAUGCUAAUAUGAUCAAUGGAUUUACUGCGUUGGCCCUAAUGAAGCUGGAUAUCCUGGAGGUCCUUGAUGAGAUUAAAAUCGGUUUAGCUUACAAAUUGAAUGGAAAGCGAAUUCCAUAUUUUCCAGCAAACCAGGAUAUCCUGAAUCAAGUAGAGGUUGAGUAUGAAACACUUCCAGGCUGGAAGAGGAGCAUCAGCAAUGCUCGGACAUGGGAUGAUCUGCCACCUAAGGCUCAAAACUACAUCAGAUUCAUUGAAAAUCACGUGGCAGUCCCAAUUAAAUGGAUUGGUGUUGGAAAAUCAAGGGAGUCCAUGAUCCAACUUUUCUAAUCACGGAGCAGGACAGGGUUGAGUAAUUUCAACACCCUACCCUGUUUUUUCUACAUAAAUUCAAGACUAAUGUUUGUGUUAUGUUGAAAAUAUUCCUGAUAUUUUAAGAAGCAAUUAAUUUACAAUUUCAGUUCUAUACAUAAACAGCACUUAAGGUCAUCGUUAACUGGAAGUUUAGAAUACCUGAAACACCACCAUAUUCUUACAAUUCAUGUUCAGCUUACUAAAACAAUAUACCUGUGAGUCAUUUCCAUCAAAUAUUGAAUCAGAUAAUAUAACAAACUGAAAUUGUGAAUGGAUACUAUUUUAGGCAAACAUUUAGAGUUAAGAGCACUGAAAUCACUCAAGUUAUGUUUAAUGUUGGAGUUUGUAGUUAAAGAUUAAAUUUAUGUCUAAUUGUUGUUUGAAUUAACCUGGUAACAAAAACUACUGUAGAUCAUGUUUGUAUUUUUUUGCCAUAAUUUAUUCAGAAGACCCUCAAGUUCACUCAAUCAAAGCAUUUAAAUCAUAUCCUACAGCUCCUCUUUUCUAAAAAAAAAUUAUUACGGUGGGCAUUUGUUUUAUUUCAUUACAAAAGGGAGGAGCUUCUAUUUUAAUAGCUUCAGCAUUGUUUUGUAAUAGGUAAUUUCAUUAUUUAAAUACAAAUAUAAAAUCUAAUGAAAAAAAUCAGAAUGCAUAGGGUUAAGUGUGAACUUUGUGUAUUUAUUAGACAUUAACAAUAGACAGAAAUCAUUUUUCCAAAUGCCUUUUCAUGCCUGUUGAACUUUGUGAAGCAUGUCACCAGUGCUUUUACUUCCAAGUGCCCUGUAGAAUGUAUUCAGCAGAGUCAGUAAUGCAUGCCUAGGUAUUAUAUAACAAGUCAAAUGAAUCACGUUUCACUUGCCUAUUAAUUAUAACUUACAUCAGG